UAACUAGAAAGAAAUUACAUUUUAAAGUAGAAAGAGUGAAAUAGUGUUUUAUUGUACAACAUACUCCAAUAAUCUUCUAAUAAUCAUUUACAGUGUACCACUAUCUAAUUGGAAUAGGCUACCUAAAUAAUUCAAAUGAUUCGAGUUAUAAUUUAUAAAUAUAAAUGCAAAUGUUUAUGGUUUCAGAACAUUUCAGAAGCUGCUUCUCGAUAAGCUAGUUGUUAGAUAACAUCUUCUCUUUAAUUAACCCAUGGGUCUGUGUUUAAUUGGAGAGAUGCUCUUUAUGUGUUUGUGAGUUAUAUUCUGCCCGCUCUUCACCUUCAGUCUGUCUGCUAAUUGGUCAUUAUAAUGUGCUGGCUGACUGGUUUCAUUCUUAUCCUGAUUAGUUCUCUGCUAAACAUGAGCAGUUUUACGUUCUCAAAACAUAUUAGACUUUUAUGUUAUUUGUGGAUCUACUUUUAUAUUAUAACAUUGGUUGACCCACAUCUUCAGCCUUUGAUGAUCAAAAUGCCAUAUAUUAAUUUGUUAGAACAAGCCGAGAACCACUGUCUUAAGCGCAGCGAGAUCAUUUGUUUUCAUGGAAGCAAUCAAAUGGCAUAGUAUUGCGGCAGUGCGCCGCGAGUAUGAAAGUGGAUGAAUUAUUCAGUUUGAAUGAUAUCUGAUCUUAAAGGUUCUGUCAGUUGCUUAGAGGGAAGAGAGAAUAGAGGGCAAAGUAUGGCUCGAUGUGAUUUACCCAAGUAGGACAUGUUCCUGGCUCAACAGCCCUUGUUGGACUCAGAACAGUGUUCCAGUCAAACAACGAUUGCCCUAAUGGUACAUUUCAUACAAACUCAAAUCUGGGAUAUUGUGACCCGAACCAGAAAUAUAAAUUUACUGAAUUUAUACACACUCUAAGAUAGGAACUUAUUAAUGCAUUUUAUUUGUUUGAAAGUAAAAGUUUAUUAGUAACUCUUUGGUUGCCACUAUGUUCAUGUCAUACAAACUAAAAAAAAUGAUGACAUAUAGCAAUAAUGUUUUCAGAAAAUUCUGCCUUGUGCACCCAAACUACAUUUCCCAUCAUCCUCCUUGGCAGCGAAAGAUUCUAAUGGUGUGUUCAACAGUUAGGAAGUCAUAAUUAUGCCACCAGAAGCGUUAAUAAAUCACUAUGGGCAGAGCAAGAUAAUUAUCAUCUUUUCUAUAAAAAAAUACAACAAGAAUUUUUAACUCUAUUCUACUAGCCUUAAUGAUGAAUAAAUUAUUUGCUUUUGUUUUGUUUUUGCUUUAUGUUUUUAUUCAAUUUACGAAGGUGCUGUGAAUUGAAUCUUUAUAUAUUAUAUCAUAAUUGUACAGUACUAUUGUAUUUUGUACAUGCAACUUAGCCAGUCUUACUGUAAAUAAGAAAACAAUAAUUCGAUUCAUUUCAACAAAUUCACUAGAUACUAUGUUUAUUACGUCCAUCAUAUUUUCCUCACUGACACACCACCAAUUCAGAAACCCAGGGCUUAAAGAAAGAAAAGUUUCUGGAGUUAUGUGGUGGUGUACAUGUGCGUUCAACUCAUAAAAAUGAUAUUUCUGACAUGAUUUGAGCACAUCAUUAAAAAACAUCAAACACUGAUUACACACCUACCGCGCUUCCUCUUUCUACUUUAUGUUGCAUCGGUGCUCAAUAAACCUUCCUGUGUUAGUCAGGAAGUGAAAAGGAGAGAGAAUGAAACAUGAUACUGCCAAGAGAAUCAAUUUUACUCCAACUAUAAUCACUCGUAAAGAGGAACUUCCCAGGAGGACCUGAACGGAAGAAUGCUGAUCCAGAAACAUUUUGUACUCGGGUAAAUUACAUUAAGCACAAAGUCUGAAGGUAGAGCUCAGCUUUGUUUUCUCACUGUCUGAUGCAGAAACACGUAAUAGAGAGAACAAAUCGAUAGACCUGACGGCUGACUGAAAUGACUGACUGACCCGUCCAUCCAAUGUGUCCGGAAGACGUCCUUGUAGUUUCUAAUUGUGUCUUUACCCCACGUUCCUUCUUCACUUACUUGUUUGGGACUGCUGGGACAUGACGGCCGCAUUCAGGACCGGAAGCGAAGCUACAAAGCAGUGCAGACAUGUGAUGAAGGGGUGACAUCUGGAGAGGCCCUGGCGGCCUUGGCUCAGAACUCAACAUACAUGCACAAUGUGCUCGGGCCUGCCUGCAUCUUCCUCCGCAAGGGCUUCGCUGAGAGCCGGCAGGCUGUACAACAGAGAGCUGAGACCAGAGGAAAUGGAUGAGCUACGAGAAGCCUUCAAAGAGUUUGAUAAAGACAAAGACGGCUUCAUUGGCUGCAAAGACCUGGGGAACUGCAUGAGAACCAUGGGAUACAUGCCCACUGAGAUGGAGCUCAUCGAACUGAGUCAGCAGAUCAAUAUGAACUUGGGAGGACAUGUGGACUUUGAGGACUUUGUGGAGUUGAUGGGACCCAAACUUCUGGCUGAGACGGCAGAUAUGAUCGGAGUAAAGGAAUUGAGAGAUGCUUUCAAAGAGUUUGACACCAACGGAGACGGUCAGAUCAGUACAGCAGAACUAAGAGAGGCCAUGAAGAAACUGCUGGGACAACAGGUGGGCCACAGAGAUCUGGAGGACAUUCUGCGGGACAUCGAUUUAAACGGAGAUGGGCACGUGGACUUUGAAGAAUUUGUGCGAAUGAUGUCUCGCUAGAGGAAAGGUGGACAAACCAUGUCAUAAACUGGAUCUCCUGUGCUCCGGCACAGAUAGAGGAGGAUGGAAGAGAGGAAAGAUCACGAGGAAGCGGGAGCAGCCUCACAAGAGGAACUUCUGGAACAUGACCUCUGACCUCAAAGCACACAAGAAAGAUUUGCACUAUUUACCCUCCAUAACAGCUUUCAUGAAGCCCACAAGCCAACAGUGGCAACCAGAGGAUGACUCUAAUACUAUGAUCCCUGAAAUAUAUUUGUGUAACGGGUUUUUUUUACCCAAUAUAAAGCUUGCGAAGAGAGCAAUCAAUCAAAACAGCAACUGAUCAAACUACUAAAGUAUGAAAAAAUUCAUUUCUUUAAUUUACUGGCACCUCCCACCUACAUUUUUUUACAGUAUGAAGCAUCAAAUGAAUCGCAAUAACAUUGCAGUUUCAUAUUUAAGCUAUUUAUUAAUAUUUGUAAAAUAUAGAAAGAUGAGUGUGUGUAGUUUCCCUUUAAAAGACUCUGGCUGUUUUACAGUAGCCUAUGAUAGAUUAUUACUCACAAAGAUUUUAUUUUAUAUAUCAAUUUACUGGGAAAUGCUGGAUCUUUGCUAUCAAUCAUUUGCUAUUAUUGUACAGUACAUCAGACCUAUGCACUACUGUAUGCGUGGGCAUAUUUUUGAAAUGAAAAGAAAGUUUUGCCAUAAAGAAAACAUUGCAUUGCCCUUGUUUGCACACUGUCUUGCAUGAAUGCUAGUGCUGAUACUAUUGAGUCAGCACAGCCAAGUAGCCUAAACUUGUGUGGUUCUGUCAUGUAUUUAAAUGUUGUAAGUUUAGUUAACAGUCCAACAAGCAUCUUUGUUCUUAAUACACUAUUUGAGAUGUGUGUGUGUGUGUGUGUGUGUGUGAAAGAGGUUGGAUUGAUUUUCUUGUAUCUUAUUUGUGUGAUUUCAAGUUUGUCUUAACUGAGUUAUUCUAUGCAUGCCAAAACGACUUUUUGUAGAGUGUAGAUUUCAUUAAAGAGUGCAAUCAAACAAAAUUUGAUCUUGUAUUCUUAUAACAUCAAGACUAAUUUGUCAACAAUAAAGCAAUUGUAUUAUUGAGCCACAUAUCUGCAACUUCCGGUGUCAUUUGCAUCAUUUGCAAAACAGUCCCUUUUGCUGCU